AGGCUCCUUCUCUCCUCUCGGAUUUGGCGGGAAGAAAAAGAAAAGAAAAGGAGGGGUUGUCUGAAAUCUCUCAGAGUGGAUCAUGUUUUCUCUUUUGUCAACAGGACUCCGUUCUUCUUACAUGGAUUACUGAUUUAUCUGGAUUUCAUCUUCAACAUUUGACCCGAUCCUGGACUGUGACGUUCUUCAUAGAUCAUCUGACUUUCAGAACAGUCUACAAGAAAAGAUCUGCAUCCAAACAAACCGAACAACUAAAAUCAGUAACGAUGGAGUUUGUGAAAGAGGAGAGUGAGAUCAUGAGUGAUCCAGAAGUCUCCAGAAUUAAACAUGAAGAUACUGAGGAACUAAUAGACCUGAUGGAAGUGAAGGAGGAAAGUCAAGAGCUGGAAAUACUUUCACAGACUGAAAACAAGUUCAUACAGAAAAAUACUGACAGAGCAGAAGCCAAAAAGUCUUUCACCUGCAGUCAGUGUGAAAAGAGUUUCACACAUAAAGAAGCUCUUAAGAGCCACAUGAGAAUGCACACUGGAGAAAAACCUUUUGCAUGUUAUGAGUGUGGAAAGAGUUGCACACGUAAAAAAGACUUUAAUCGCCACAUGAGAAUUCAUACUGGAGACAAACCGUACACCUGUGAUCAGUGUGGAAAGAGUUUCACACGUAAAGAUAGCUUUAAGAUGCACAUAAGAAUUCACGCUGAAAAGAAGCCAUACACAUGUGAUCAGUGUGGAAAGAGUUUUGCACAAAAACAAUCCCUUACGUUUCACAUGAGAAUCCACACUGGAGAGAAGCCGCACACAUGUGAUCAGUGUGGAAAGAGUUUCACACAAAAACAAACCCUUACGUUUCACAUGAGUGUUCACACUGGAGAGAAGCUGUACACAUGUGAUAAGUGUGGAAAGAGUUUCACACGUAAAGAAAGCUUUAAGACGCACAUAAGAAUUCAUACUGGAGAGAAACCCCACACGUGUGAUCAGUGUGGAAAGAAUUUCACAUGUAAAGCAGUCCUUAAGAAACACAUAAUAAUUCACGCUGAAAAGAAGCCGUACACAUGUGAUAAAUGUGGAAAGAGUUUUGCACAAAAAGUAGGACUCGAUGGACACAUGAGAAUCCACACUGGAGAGAAGCCGUUCACAUGUGAUCAGUGUGGAAAGAGUUUCACAUGUAAAGAAAGCUUUAAGAUGCACAUAAGAAUUCAUACUGGAGAGAAACCCCACACGUGUGAUCAGUGUGGAAAGAGUUUCACAUGUAAAGCAGUCCUUAAGAAACACAUAAUAAUUCACGCUGAAAAGAAGCCCUACACAUGUGAUAAAUGUGGAAAGAGUUUUGCACAAAAAGUAGGACUCGAUGGACACAUGAGAAUCCACACUGGAGAGAAGCCGUUCACAUGUGAUCUGUGUGGAAAGAGUUUCACACGUAAAGAAAGCUUUAAGAUGCACAUAAGAAUUCAUACUGGAGAGAAACCCCACACAUGCGAUCAGUGUGGAAAGAGUUUCACAUGUAAAAAAAUCCUUAAGAACCACAUAAUAAUUCAUGCUGAAAAGAAACCAUACACAUGUGAUCAGUGUGGAAAUAGUUUUGGACAAAAAGUAGCACUUGAUGGACACAUGAGAAUUCACACUGGAGAGAAGCCGUACACGUGUGAUCAGUGUGGAAAGAGUUUUGCACAAAAAGUAGCACUCGAUGGACACAUGAGAAUCCACACUGGAGAGAAACCGUACACAUGUGAUCAGUGUGGAAAGAGUUUCACAUGGUCAAAAUGUCUCCGUGAUCAUUUGCUCUCUCACACUGGAGAAAGACCAUUUAACUGCGAUCAGUGUGGUAAAUAUUUUAGAGUGGAAUCAGCCCUGAAGCAACACAUGAAAGUUCAUACAAAGGAGAAGCCAUAUGUGUGUUCUGAUUGUGGAAAGAGUUUUGCACGAGUGGACCGUUUGAAACAGCACCAGAAAACACACACCGGUGUGAAAGACCAUGUGUGCUUUCAGUGUGAAAAGACUUUUACCACAGCUGGUAGAUUGAAAGAGCACCAGAGAAUUCACACUGGAGAAAAACCUUACAAGUGUUCACACUGUGACAAGAGAUUCACUCUGUCGUCUUACCUGAAAAGACAUGAGAAGAUCCACACUAGAGAGAAACCGCACCACUGCCCUCCAUGUGGGAAGAGUUUCAUCCAAUCAAGUCAUCUACAGAGUCAUAUGAAAAAGCUUCAUCCACAGUUCUCAGGGUGAACACUUGUUCAUCAUGUGGAUUUAAAUCAGGUUUUUGUUCUUGCCAGUAUUUCUACUGUAUGAAUUGUUCAAGCUGUGACAUGUAAUUUAAUGUGUUGUGUUGUUUCAUUUAUUCCUUUAAUGUGUUGUAUAGAGUGUGCUGCUGAUUCUACAUGAAAUUAUGAGAAAUGAAAUAUUCUGCAAAAUCUAGUUUUAACUUUUUCAGAUGUUUUUCAAUGCAGUUAAUUUGUUAAAACAUUGUGUAAUGUUUGUAUUAUGUGUAUAAUGUGUAGACUCAAAGGUACACUAAUUAAAAUGUUCCACAUUAAAAACAGUUUUAGUACUUUUGGAUGUUGCAUUUGCAUGUGUGGGGUUAAAGACAAUAUGAGAAGAAAAAAAAUUCCAAAUGUUAGUAAAGAAAACGCUGCUGUCACAAAAUAGUUCAGACGAGUACAUGCUGUCACUUUAUUUUAAGAGGUAAAUAUUCAUGAUUUAAAUGUUUUGUAGUUUAGUUAUUAACAGUAUGGGGAACAUCGUUUGAUAUAAAGGCCUGUUAGAUUUGUUUCAUGUGGGAUAAAUAAAAGUCUUGAUGAUGUUUCAGUCACUGUCUGUUCAUCACCAGCAGGUGUCGCUGUUCACGCACUUUUUAAUUUAUCAUUCACGACAAUGAAUGAAUACAAGCGUCCUGCUGACUGUAU